GUGGAAACAGGAGUCCACCUUGAUCCUGCUAUCAAGGAAGUUCAAUAUAAUCCCACUUACGAUACUAUGUUUGCACCUGAGUUUGGACCAGAAAAUCCAUUUAGGACUCAGCAAAUGGCUGCACCUAGAAAUAUGCUUUCUGGAUACGCAGAACCAGCUCACAUCAAUGAUUUCAUGUUUGAACAACAACGAAGAACAUUUGCAACCUAUGGUUAUGCAUUAGAUCCCUCUAUAGAUAACCCUGAAGUUGCUACCAAAUAUAUUGGUUCUGUAGAAGAAGCUGAAAAAAAUCAAGGUUUAACAGUGUUUGAAACAGGACAAAGGAAAAUUGAAAAAAGGAAGAAAUUCAAGGAGAAUGAUGCAUCUAAUAUUGAUGGUUUUCUGGGACCAUGGGCAAAGUAUGUUGAUGAAAAAGAAGUAGCCAAACCAUCAGAAGAAGAACAGAAAGAGUUGGAUGAAAUAACAGCUAAGAGGCAGAAGAGAGGAAAAGUAGAAGAUGAUAAACCUGGAGAGGAGAAGACUAUAUUACAUGUUAAGGAAAUGUAUGACUAUCAGGGGAGAUCUUAUCUUCAUGUCCCUCAAGAUGUUGGAGUUAAUCUCCGUUCUUCAGUACCACCAGAGAAGUGCUAUCUUCCAAAGAAACAAAUCCAUGUGUGGUCUGGACAUACAAAGGGUGUCAGUGCAGUUAGAUUGUUUCCUCUCUCUGGGCAUAUACUGUUGUCUUGCUCUAUGGAUUGCAAAAUUAAGCUAUGGGAAGUAUAUGGUGAUCGAAGAUGUCUACGAACGUUUAUUGGACAUAGUAAAGCUGUUCGAGACAUCUGUUUUAAUAAUGCUGGCACUCGGUUUCUUAGUGCUGCAUAUGACCGCUAUCUUAAACUCUGGGACACUGAAACAGGGCAAUGUAUUUCAAGAUUCACAAACAGGAAGGUUCCUUAUUGUGUCAAGUUCAAUCCUGAUGAAGAUAAACAAAAUCUCUUUGUUGCAGGAAUGUCAGAUAAGAAAAUUGUGCAGUGGGAUAUUCGAAGUGGUGAGAUUGUGCAGGAAUACGAUAGGCAUUUGGGAGCUGUCAACACCAUUGUGUUUGUGGAUGAAAAUAGAAGGUUUGUGAGUACAUCUGAUGACAAGAGUUUAAGAGUCUGGGAAUGGGAUAUUCCUGUAGACUUCAAGUACAUAGCUGAGCCAAGUAUGCACUCGAUGCCAGCCGUGACUUUGUCUCCAAAUGGGAAAUGGUUGGCCUGUCAGUCGAUGGAUAACCAAAUUCUGAUUUUUGGAGCUCAGAACAGAUUCAGAUUAAACAAAAAGAAAAUUUUCAAAGGUCACAUGGUAGCUGGCUACGCUUGUCAAGUGGAUUUUUCACCUGACAUGAGCUAUGUGAUAUCUGGAGAUGCAGAUGGAAAACUUAACAUCUGGGACUGGAAGACAACAAAACUCUACAGCAGAUUAAAAGCACAUGAUAAAGUCUGUAUCGGCGCAGUGUGGCAUCCACACGAAACAUCUAAAGUCAUUACGUGCGGCUGGGAUGGUCUUAUUAAACUGUGGGACUAAAGAGGAUGCUACAAAGAUCUGAAGAUGUAAGUCCUGCAUACACCUGAGAUUAGAGUGAAUUAGAGUGUAAGGAUGGGUAGACAUUUGUAAUACUGCAGUGCUCAGCUAGCUGUAUAUAUGCACUAAAGAACAGGGAAUCUUCAGAAGACACAACUGAAAGGAUCUAGUUCUAAAUAUGACCUCUGAAUAUGAGAAGCUGAGGUCAUCUGAAGCAUGCAGAAUCAAGUGUUAGUUUGUCAUGUCACUGUCUGUGCAAAACACUCUCUUGUAAAAUAAAAUGAUUGUAAGAAAAACUA